AUGGCGGACGACCUCUUGUAUCACUUUAGUGACGAAGACGAUGACGAGGAUGCCCUGUUUGACCGAGCGUUUGACCGGUGGGAACAAUUGGGAGGCGGCUCCGCCCGAGGCCCUCUCUUUCAAUUCACCAUGCAACCCAUUGGCCGACGACGCCACUGGCGCGAGGUGGUGGAACGCGCGCAAUUCAAUGCGCAGUUACGGCAAUUGCGGGAUCCUGUCCCUGGGGAUAACAUUGGCAUGGCUUUGACCGAAGCGUUACACCAAGCCAUUGAAACGGAACUGGACCGCGAGCAGCGACCCGCUUAUCAUUUUGUGAAUUUUGCCAUCACGGCUCAUGGAUUCACUCACGCCUACCAAACAGCUAAUUUCACCGUGGGGGAAUUUUUACAGCGCAUUGCUCGUUUGGAUGAGAUGUUGGCCACCUUGGCUGGUAAAUUAAACAGCAAUGAAGCCUUCAACCCUGAUCGCGGUUUCCAAGUGGAUGUGGUGUUUGUCUCCAUGCCCGGCCCAGGGUCCGGUCGACAUAAACAACGCAAUCCUGGUCGACUGUGUCUGGAUCGAGAGAACAAGAAAAAACAAUGCAUCAUCCCCAUCCGAAACAGAGAUGCCUUAUGUUGUGCCCGCGCUAUCGUCACCAUGCGAGCCCAUUGCCAUAAAGAUCAAGGCGUGGACGGGUUUCGCGACUGGGAGAAUCUCAAGCGUGGGCGUCCUGUGCAGCAACGUCAAGCCCAAGAAUUACAUCGGCAAGCAGGGGUGGCUGAGGGUCCCUGUGGUUUGCCAGAACUUCGCCAAUUUCAACAGGCGUUGGGGUCUCAUAUCAACUCUUGGUGAUGACCCGGAUGAAACCGUUCUUUCUGAUCUUCAAAGGCCCCGCCGCCCCUCAUCAGAUUCGUUUACUGAAAUCCAAUGAUCAUUUUGAUGGCUGCACGUCCUUUCCUGCUUUUGUGAACCGCUCCUAUUAUUGUCUGGACUGUGAACGGGGGUUCAACACCAACGACCGAACCAAUCAUACCUGUCAAGGGAGACGCUGCUCCGCGUGUAGUCGAUUUGAUUGUCAGGAUUAUGUGUGCGGUACCCGCCCCACGGAGUAUUGCAGUCUGUGUCACUGCAAGUUUUACGGCGGGUAUUGCAAACGUCAUCAUGAAGUCACCAAGCAAUGUCAGUCGAUCAAAACCUGUCUCAAGUGCCAGGCCCAGUACACGGUCGUCCAUAACAAACGUCACCAGUGUGGGCACGCCAAGUGUCCCGUGUGUCGAGCAUGGGUGC